UCUGCAUGAAGAAUACCUGAAUCAGUCUGCACUCUUCAACAAUGGAACAAUCAAACUGGGAAAAGCAAUGAAGAGACACACUGGAAACUAUAUGCUGGAAGAAUUUGGAUCUGAUGGGGUUUUAUUGAAAAAAGUGAAUGUGCAUCUAGUAAUACAAGCUCCAGUGUCAAAGCCAGCUGUUUCUCAGACGUGUUCGUCACCAGAACAGAUGAGCAUCAGCUGCUCCUCUGAGGGAGACGCGGUGGAAUUAAUUCUAACUUUGGAUACUCUUAGCCAGUCCCCAAGCAACAGUACAGCAAACAUGGAGUCACUGGCUAAUAGUACAGCUAAACAAAUCAAAUCCAGUAAUUCAAAUGUUACCAUCAGCCUAAACGGUCAGCUGACAGGAAACUUGACGUGUCGUGUUUCAAACAACGUUAGCAGAGAUGAAACAGUUAUUCACCUGAGAAGCUGCAAAGAUUUAGUUUCUUCCUCCCCUGUUGUGACUGUGGCUGUCGCAGCUGGUGUCGUUGCUCUCCUUCUCCUUGUGGCGCCGUGUCUUAGAGUACUAAAACCUUGUAACCAACCCAGACCCACAACUGUUAAUGACGAUAACGCUGAAGAUGAAGUUAUCUACGCACAUGUUAGAAUAAUAAAGAAUACAAGGAAAACCAGACCCAACUCACAAGAGGAUGAAACGUAUUUUUCUCCUCAAACAUAAUCAAGCACCAG